AUGGCGGGAACCUUUUUUGCCUUUAGUUUUCUUUUUACAAUAGAAUGGUUAAAAUUUAAAAUUUAUAAAGAAAUAUUUGCACAAGUUUUAGUAUCCUCAUUAUUUUCAUUUAUAUUAUAUUUAAUAAAUAUAAUUUUAUUAUUUAAAAAUCAUAAAAUAACAUUAGUAAAAGAUAAUAAUGAUAUAAAGUCAUGUUCAACGUAUAACGAAAGAAAAUCAACCUUGUUGUAUCAACCAACUGCAUCUAAUACAUAUAGGGAUUUUAUUGAUCCCUAUUGUACAUUAUCAUUCGACCGUAAACAUGAAAAUAACUAUAAUGGUACAAUUCAUCAAUUUCCAAAUGAAAUAAUAUUAAAUGAAAUUGAUUCAUAUGGAGAUUUAUUAACAAUGUACUCAACCAAAGAAAUUAUUUCAAAAAAUAUACCUUUAUCAAAAAGAGAGGAACAACGUAAAUCAAUAAAUAAAAUUAUUUAUUCAAAUGAUUUGGGAAAAACAUCAAUUUCAAUUGACUCUGUCAUUUGA